AUGGCGAAAUCCCCGUUCAAGUCUCUGGACCCGGCUGUCCGUCUCCCUCCGCGUCAUUCGCGAUCUCCGCGCUCGUCUUCACGCUCCCCGGAACGGCGAGCCCACUUCCUCUCUCACCAGCUCGAUCCUCUACUCUCCGACCUUUCUCCAGAGACGACGCUGCAAGUCCUCUCCGCAACCGACGUUAUCCCGAUAAACAAAAAUACUCCGCAUAGCCUUUUGGCCAAAAGCAUAUCUGAUGUCUCAACCGUGGAUCGUGCCUUCGGCAUAAGGGCCGCCGUAGCCGCCCAGAAACUCAAUGAAUGGCAUACUGAAGUACUCUCCUGGCUCUGGCCGGAUGCUGCUCACAAUCCAGAUACAAGGAACGGUUUUCUUCCGCCGAAAGAGCUCGUGGAGAGCUCCGGAAAGGACUCUGACCAGGCUAAAGCUGGGGAGUCUGAGCGAGAAAUCCACUUUGGAAGCUUGCCCGCGAGCAUCUUGAAAUUAUAUCAGAACCGGAUCAAGGAAAUAAAAGAUGGCAUGGAAGCUCUGGACGUGGAAGAACUGAAGGAGCAUGUUCUCACAGCUCAUAUUCCUUCACGGUCCCGUCCGCUUUCUUCUGCCAGCAACAUAUCCACAAGCUCAAGUCUAGCUAGCUAUUUGAAGAUGAGCGACUUUACCGCGGUCAUAACUGCUACUAUUCUACGAGCUCUACCUGUGCUAUCCAGAUUAAACAAUCUGCUUAGCAACUGGCAUGCUCGACUGCUUGUUCUUAAUCAUGUUCCAGGGUUACUAUUGGGCCUUCAGGAGACCAAACGGGCCAUUGAUAAUGCGCUUAACCGCCUGCAAAAUGGCCUGCUCCCUAAACUUGAUGAUCCCUCGUUCUCCAGAGAAUCAUUCAGAUCUAGCUGGAGAGAGCUACGGGCCAUGGUCUCAUCUCUCGGCCGCCGGAUAGAUAGCAUGCUCGAUAUCCUUGAAGGGAGGGAGGAUUCCCUACCAGAUAGCUGGAUCGACGACAUGGAAGCUAUCGAAUCAAGGUUUGCUACCUGGGCAUUUGAGGCAGAAAGAAGAGCAGUUCAGAAUGAGCUGAGAUGUCUAUAUCAACGCGAACUUGACGAGUACUUGGCACAAAAGGCUUCAAAGGAAUCGGCACGAGAUGCCUCGCACGCCCAACAACAAAAGAGCCCUCCUUACCAUGAUGUAACUGAGGCAACGGUCGAACACCAUACCGCCUCCCCUAGCACAACGUCCAGUCUUCAAUUCACGCCUUUGACACCGCAGCCAUUGCUACCUGCUAUCAAGGAAAACCAAACAGCUGAAUCACGGACAUCCACGCCUUUUACUACCCCCUCGUCAGAAGGAUAUACCCCCGACAAUACGCCCUCUAGGUCGCAAGAUCCCAUUAAAAGGCUUGGAAAUACUCCUAGUUCGACUCCAAGGGAUGUCCGAGCUGCUGCUAUUACCAAAAAUCUUCAAGACUAUGACAUCCCCAAUUUUGAAUCUCCAAGUGGCCCCCACCCGUCAGUAUAUGAUGGUACUCGUAGCGAAGACCCCAUGGCUAGACCUGUCUCCCGUCUUGAUUUCAACGAUAUUGAUAGUCCAUGUUCGGACAGUCGCAGUGACGUGUCGCCCGAUAAUUCUCCAGCUCCCCUCACGCCCUUGGCCAAUAUGCGUAAAAGGUCUAGUAAACGCGAGAGCAACGUUCCAUCCAGACUCCAGUUAAUUCCGUCCGGCUCAGACGCAACCAUUAAACAGAAUGAUGUGGCUGACCCGGCUGGCUCCCCUGAUGCUUCUACUUUCAUCCCUGACAAGGAGAGUUUAGAUCUCAACACUGUCCCACCCCUAAGAUCUCCGACAACUCCGGCCCAGAUAUCAUCGUCUCCUGGCCUCAGCUCCAGUGGUUCGGUAAUACACCAUACCCCAGAAGCAGCAAAGAACUCCGCAUCUCGCUUUACCAGCAGCGCGUCUUCCUCUCCUGACAUUCAGACACCACCUUCUCUCCGAUCAUUUGGCAGAACUAUGAGCUUACCGCUGGCUCGUUAUAUCAAUGACGAGUCUGCUGUCUUGUAUGGGCAGGAUGGGGUCUAUCACCCGAACUCCCGGUCCCAGAUAGGUACAAGAUCCAUCGAGUCAGUUGAUAUGUCACCAAAGGGACAGCUUGGAGAUUCUGUCUUUGAUCGACGAAAUAGCUUGACUCCAGGUACUUCAACAAGGUCUGAAUUGCGGAGAUCUGUUUCAUCCGCCAGCAUUUCUUCCUCCCCUCGUUUACAGGAACAACUUAGCCUUCGCCGGCUAUCAAAUUUUUCGAGACUAUCAAAUUUGCGCCGCAGUGCAAGUUCUGAACCAUUAUAUCUUGAGAAGUCAUCACUCUCUACAGGCUCUCCUGAUACAAACAUUUCAUCCACUCCCCUCAAACCUCUCAAUCUUCCUUCCAGGUUGAGUCCAUUCGUUCGCUCCUCGUCUCCAGAAGCAGAGAACACAUUCCCUGAUGCCGAAUCUUUAGAAUUGAUACCUCCUCCGCUCAAACCAAGAACCCACUCCGGGACCAAAACCCCUGUAAAAAUUCCACUUGAUGAAUUCGACGAUAGGGUACAUUCCAUAUUGGACACCAUUCCCAAAAUCCGUAUGAAGUCUACCGUUGGCGAUGACUCCAACGAACGCCCUGGGCCGGAUAAUCUGCGCGUGCCCACAAACUCAGGCCGUACUCAUCCUCCUUCUCCAACGCUUUCUCGCUCUAGCACACCUACCCCUUCACUUACUCUUACACCAGCACCUCGCCCUAGACGUCGCAAUAACCCUGGCCCAGAUGAAGUACGGCUAUAUCAUCUUCAUAGAGGCGGCAAAGCAGCUCCGGUCAAACUGUUUGUACGAAUAGUUGGCGAGACUGGAGAGAGGGUAAUGGUACGUGUUGGCGGUGGCUGGGCAGAUCUAGGUGAGUAUCUUCGCGAGUACGCCAUGCAUCACGGAAGACGAGGCAUAAUCGACGGGCGAUUCGAAGUACAGGGAAUUCCUGUUGUUAGCCAACAUCCCCGCGCACCAACUCCUACUCCUACCAACGGUCGAACCACACCCAUACCUCCAUCACGACCUGGAUCUGCUAUGGAUACUCGCCCCGGUUCCUCGCUAGCAAUCCGCAGAGCAAGACGUGCAACCGGCUCCGGUGCAGAUCUGUUACCAAACCUCACCGCUGCCAACAUCCAGAGACUAUCUGAGGAGGGUGUUAGUCCGGGAAACUCUUCCGUUCUAUCCUCGCAACGUCGCCCAUCACUAUCUUCCGCAACUUCUAUGAGCACCUCGGUUGUCGGAGAUCACUCAUUCAGCGCCACUCCAUCCCGUCGUUCUUUUUCCACAAUCACCGGUGCCGCCCAUUCGACACCACUUGGUUUAGCAGGCCCCAAACCUCGAUCUAAACAACAUACCAUUAGCCCGGAGAGCGAAGCCUGGGUCGAAGAUGUCAUGGGCCAGGCACGAAGAAGCUCAUCUACUCUUAGAGCUCAGCGAUCAAUGACCGCUAUCCGUAGCAGCUCUAGCGUCCUUCGACGCAUGCCCAGUGCAACUCUUAACGAGCAAAGCCCGACAAGCAACAUUGCAAUGAACAAAGUCCGGGGCGAGAACAAGCUCCGAAGCGCAAGUGAUAUAGGAGGGGUAUCACUAAAUAAACGAGUCUUUUUACGUCGAGUAGGGAAAGAAAAGGAAUAA